GUAUCAUAAAAAUCUAAAGCCAAAAUAUCUUCUAUAAUUUUUUAAUAAAUUAAUAAUAUAAUUUUAUAAAUAUCAAUUUUAUAUUUAUUAUCAUAAUAUGAUUUUAAUAUUUUAUAGUUAUAUAAAAUGUAAAUAUAAUUAAUUUAUGAUUUAACCAUUGAUUCAUUUGGUAGUUAAUCAGUCAUAAUUAUCUCACAAACACAUCAAUUUUUAACCGACGUACCAAAUCUCUUAAUAAUGCUUAAAACCGUAACUAUCCGCAUCUGCAAAUGACCGCAACCGCAACAGUUAAACCAGUCAGACCCUUAGUCGUCGUUUAUGGUUGGUAUUUGUUCUAGCAAGGAUUAUGAAACGAAAGAGGAUCUCUUGGUAGCCUUACACCUACUAUUGUGAUAUAUAUUUUGGAUUCAAAGGCUUGUAUAUAUAUAAUGGUAUUUUUUUAUGUUACUAAAAACAUGUUUUCAACCAUAACCAUUACAUAACUUCAACUUUAAACAAGUCCUUUCUCAAAAAAGAAGAAGAAGAUAUAUUCAACUUUAAACACAUAAUUCAAGCAAAUGCAACUUCAAACGACUCAAAAUGAUAAACGAAAUCAUAUUUUCUUAAAAUACCAUACUAUUCGUUAUUAUUAUUUACAUAAUAGUUACAUAUAUGAUUAAUUAGUGAAUUUAGAAGUGAUAAAAUGACCGUCUUUUCUUUUUAUUUGUAAAUUACGAGAUAAAAAUUAAUGAAACCGAGUAUUUUUAUAGAUAUAAAUUUACUAUUUAAGAAGAUAGAAUUUUUGGAAUAUUUAAUCUAUACCAUUCACUAGAUUUCAUUUUCCAUCAACCGUUGGAUUAAAAUCUUUUCUAAUAUCAUCUAAGAAUCUUGAAUAUUUAAUCUAUACCAUUCUCUAGAUAUUAUAUGUUACCAAUUGUUGGAUUAUUAUCCUAUCCAAAUAUCAUAUAAAAUAUUUAAUAUUUAGUCUACACCAUUCACUAGAUUUCUCAUGGCAUCAACCAUUGGGUUAGAAUCUUGUAUAAUCUACCCAACAUAUUAGAUAAGAAAAUUGUAAAACUGAAUUGUGACCACUCAUUUAAAGUUUUAUCCAUUCGUUUUCACCUAUAAAUAAUAGGUUCCAAGUAAUUUAAAAUAUCACAUUCAAUAAUCUUUUUAUUUGCUAAAAAUAUGAAAAAGAGUAAAGGCUCAUCGUUCAAUCAACAUGAAGAUGAAUUAUUAUGUCGUGUGUAUUUAGAAAUAUCUGAAGAACCAAUUUGUAGUAAUAAUCAAUCUAUAGGAAGGCUAUGGGAAAAAAUCAAAGAUAGUUACAAUGAAAAAAAAGAUGAGAGUUGGAAAAGGUAACAAUUGAAAUUAGUAAUGGGGACAUAAAUAACAAAAUCAAACAUUAAUUUUUUCUUUUCUUUUUUUGAAAACAUGAAUUUGAACAACAUGAACAACAAAAAACAACAAAAAAACAACAAAAACAACAAAAAACAACAAAAACAUGAACUGAAAGCAUUAUUUUAAACAA